UCUUAUGCUUCAGUCACUGACUCUCACCGUGGAACGCGUGCCGCCGAUAGAAACUCGGUUCUGACUAUUCAAGUGACUGUUUUCAUUCGCGUUUAGCCAUAUUUGCAAGAUGCACCGACGGUUCCACGCAUGAAACUGGGAGAAGUUCGAUAUUCACCGAAAUCAAAAUCACUGCGUCAGCGAUCAAAUAGCCAUCAUAAUGGUCGAGAUGACUAAAAAUUUUUCGUUUGAUUACGAGCACAGUCAACAUCUCAUCAUGAACGAGUCCUGCGACUGGAAUCUGGUGCCUAGUGCGGUGGAAUAUAUUGAGAGUUUGGGAUCGUUCGGGGUUGGUCUGAUCGGCGUGGGUUCCGUGCUCACCGUCCUCACCUUCUACCUCAUAGUAGACGCCGUUUACAACAUCACAUUGCAGAAUGAGACGGUUGCUUACAAGACCAACUGUCUCAUCAUACUUUCCAUCUACCCAAUCGCCAGUCUCUGCAGUCUAUUAGCCACAGCCAUGCCCAGGGCCCAACUGCUGUCGGAGAGCCUGACUCAGAUAUGCCUGACGGUCUCCCUUUAUCGGCUGUUUCUUCUCCUAAUUGACUUGGGGCACAGAAGCGUCAGUAAACCGCCCCCCAUGCUCCUCAAGGUUGGGCCCUGCUGCUGCUGGCCUUGUCUACCCUUCCCCAACCCUGAAAUGAACAGAAUCAACCUUACGUGGCUUCGGCUGUGUGUUCUUCAGUUCACCAUCGUUCAGGGCUUAACGAGCUGCGUUAUCCUCUUCUUGGAUGCGGAAGGAUCUCUACUUGCACGAGUUUACGGAGCAUACUUGCAGCCAAUGGCUUUGACUAGUCUGCUUAUUGGCCUCUACGGAUUAACUGUGGCAACCAAAAGUUUGCAGGAUUGCUCUCCAGACCCAUCCCUUCCUCGCAGGACAAUGGUGUGUCAAAUGGUUUUACUGUUUUCCAAACUCCAGGGAUUCAUCGUGAAAAGCCUCCCCAGCGCUGGGGUCUUUCCCUGCCACCCUCCGUUAACACCCGAAAUUUAUGCUAACCUAACCUACAACUUCCUGAUGCUUAUCGAGAUGAUGAUGCUGGCCUACGCGGCUAGGAAGAUAUACGUGAAGGUGGAGGGUCGAACCGAGGAAGCGGUGAUAAUUGAAACCUGCGUGACUAAAAAUAUCCUGGUUCCGGCGGAAGUCAGGGGUAACAAUGAACUGGCGAACGUACAACAUCCGGUACCGAUAACCGCACUCACUACAUCCGAAGACGUUCACUCUCGCGUGCCCUAAAUAGCUUUUGAGAUCUACCGAAAAGCUUAGGGUAGGAAAUAUUGACUCAAAUUUCUUGUUUUUCUUUCCCCACGGACUCUGGAAAAACGUUCGCUUCCGGUUUCCGCAUGCAGCUCGGUUAAUUCCCUGAUUUCGCAAAUGUGGAACUGCAGGCGUUAGACUUGAACGGACAAAAAGAAAACCAAAACACAAAUGAAAGAUGAUCAAUCUGGACUAU